AUGAAUAAAUGUCCGUCUGUCUCUUUUGCAUCUGUUAAUCACUCUUUUAUUCCUCCGGCCUCGACUUUUUCUGAUUUUGAUUUUGUUACUCCCUUCUAUGAAGAGGCCCUAAGUCAUCUGAAGGGCCGCGAUGUCUCUGCUGAAUCCUCGCCAGUCGUUUUUUCAAAGGCCUCAAAAUACGGGCAGAAAAAAACAAGGAUUCAGCACGUACCGAAGCCCUUACCUGAGAAGUGCAAUACCAAUGCCUACGCCGAAAAGUUAUCAAGUUUAAGAUUUGGUCAGACCAAAUCCUCUCCACAAAUCUACUUCGAGGUACCUUCCUCAGCACCGAGCGCACCCAAUUCCCUAGAUGGGAUUGAAAGUCAAUUCCCAAUUCUCUCAGCCCUUUUGGAUGAGGAGGAUAAUUGGGUGCCGCCGUCGAAAAGAAAGAAGACGGAGCCAACCCACGAGGAGGAAGGAGAAAUAUAA